AUGGGCCCAUCUUUUGGUAACUCAACAUUACAGUCCAAAAUAACAGAGACAGAUGAUAUUUUUGUUGGAGUAUGUUAUAUGGUAUUUGGAAUAUGCUCCGUGUGCGGGAACAGUAUUCUCCUGUGUUCCUACAAGAAGAAAAAUUUAUUGAAACCAGCAGAAUACUUAAUUACUAAUCUUGCCAUCAGCGACCUUGGUAUGACUCUGACAUUGUACCCUCUAGCUGUAACCUCCAGCCUUUCACACAGGUGCCUGUAUGGGAAACACAUUUGUUUGUUCUAUCCAUUUUGUGGGGUGUUGUUUGGGAUCUGCAUUCUCUCUACACUGACAUUACUGAGCACUGUUUGCUGCCUCAAAAUUUGUUAUCCAGCUUAUGGGAACAGGUUCAAGAGAGAACAUGGACAAAUCUUGAUAGCCUGUGCUUGGACGUACUCAGCAGUUUUUGCCUGUUCUCCCUUAGCUCACUGGGGAGAAUACUGAGCAGAGCCAUAUGGCACAGCCUGCUGCAUUGACUGGCAUUCCACCAAUGUAAAUGCCAUGGCCAUGUCUUACACAUUAGUCCUCUUUGUUUUCUGUUUUAUUUUCCCUUGCAGUGUAAUUGUGACUUCCUACUCUUUUAUUCUGGUAACUGUGAAAGAAUCCAGGAGAGCAGUGGAACGGCACGUCUCCGGCCCCACCAGGAUGAGCAAUGUGCAAACCACUACUGUCAAG